GGACCUUGCACUUGAGAGGCAGGCAGUGGAACCACUGAGUUAAAUCCCUGGCCCUCCCCACUUUUCCUCCAUGAAGUACUUACAUGCCUCUCACCAUUUGUGAGAAAGAGAGCUGCAGAGUGCGCCCCCUCCCUGGGCAGCACCAUGGGUGGGUAACCAUACCAUUUUCACCUAGGGGGAAGCAGGCCUGAGGCAGGGUGAAGCCUCUGGGAACCUACCCCUCCUCUUUCUCCCCUGGUGUGUCCUGUCACAGGAAUCUGACAGGGCAUCAGAUUCCCUCUUUCUUCACCCAGAGACCUUUAAGUAUCCUCUCACACGCAGAAUGGUGUCUCUGCCUGCCUUGAGAUACCUCCGUGAUUUAAGUUCUUUUCCUUUAUUUUUUUUCUGACUGUACACACUUUUGUUUUAAAAACUGUGGUUUCUCAUGAGCUGUUAUCUAUUGAUACCUCUCACCUCUGUGGUAAGGCGAAGAAAUCAUAUUUUCAGUUGACUCGUAAAGGGCAAAGAAAAAACCCAAAAUUUCAAAAUUUCCGUCUGUCUCAUAAUCAAGAAGAGAAGAAACAGCAAGAGAGAGAGAGAGAGAGAAAAAACUAUGAGAAACCCCCCCACCUCGUGAUUAUCAGCACACAUACUCAUCGAAAAAAAAUUGGAUUAUUAGAAGAGAGGUCUGCGGCUUCCACACCGUGGUUUUUUCUCGGUAUAAAAGCAAAGUUGUUUUUGAUAUGUGACAGUUUCCCACAAGCCAGGCUGAUCCUUCUCUGUUGGUCCAAUUCACCAAGCCUGCCCUCGGAAAAGCACCCGAUGCCCAACCCCAGGCCAGCCAAGCCCUUGGCCCCUUCCUUGGCCCUCGGCCCAUCCCCAGGAGCCUCACCCAACUGGAGGGCUACACCCAAGGCCUCAGACUUGCUGGCACCCAGGAGCCCAGGGGGAACCUUCCAGGGUCGGGACCUCCGCAGUGGGACUCAUGCCUCCUCUUCUUUGAACCCCCUACCACCAUCGCAGCUUCAGCUGCCCACAGUGCCCUUAGUCAUGGUGGCACCCUCUGGUGCACGGCUGGGCUCCUCACCCCACCUGCAGGCACUUCUGCAGGACAGGCCACAUUUUAUGCAUCAGCUCUCCACUGUGGACGCCCAUGCCAGGACCUCUGUGCUACAGGUGCGCCCACUGGACAACCCAGCAAUGAUCAGCCUCCCGCCAUCCACCGCUGCCACUGGGGUCUUUUCCCUCAAGGCCCGACCUGGCCUACCACCUGGGAUCAACGUGGCCAGCCUAGAGUGGGUGUCCAGGGAGCCAGCACUGCUCUGCACCUUCCCAAGCCCCAGUGCGCCCAGGAAGGACAGUACCCUUUCAGCCGCGCCCCAGGGCUCCUUCCCUCUGUUGGCAAAUGGUGUCUGCAAGUGGCCUGGAUGUGAGAAGGUCUUCAAGGAGCCAGAGGACUUCUUCAAGCACUGCCAGGUGGACCAUCUCCUGGAUGAGAAGGGCAGGGCGCAGUGUCUCCUCCAGCGAGAGGUGGUGCAGUCUCUGGAGCAGCAGCUAGUCCUGGAAAAGGAGAAACUGGAUGCUAUGCAGGCCCACCUGGCAGGGAAAAUGACACUGACCAAGGCUCCAGCAGCGGUGUCAUCCGACAAGGGGUCCUGCUGCAUUGUAGCUGCUGGCACCCAGGGCAGCAGCAUCCCAGGCUGGCCCGGCCCCCAAGAGGCCACUGAUAGCCUGUUUGCUGUGCGGAGGCACCUGUGGGGCAGCCAUGGAAACGGCACCUUCUCAGAGUUCUUCCACAACAUGGACUACUUCAAGUUCCACAACAUGCGGCCCCCUUUCACCUAUGCCACCCUCAUCCGCUGGGCUAUCCUGGAGGCUCCCGAGAAGCAGCGGACACUCAAUGAAAUCUACCGGUGGUUCACACGCAUGUUUGCCUAUUUCAGAAACCACCCUGCCACCUGGAAGAAUGCCAUCCGCCACAACCUGAGCCUGCACAAGUGCUUUGUGCGGGUGGAAAGCGAGAAGGGGGCCGUGUGGACCGUGGACGAGUUUGAGUUCCGCAAGAAAAGGAGCCAGCGACCCAGCAGGUGCUCCAACCCUACACUGGGCCCCUGACCUCAAAGCCAAGGAGAGGAAGAAGGAUGGAAGGGGUCAAAAUUGAGGGCAGAAGUGGUGGGGGCAGGGUGGGCAGGCCCUGGACAUGUCCAUGGGGACCAAGAAAUGAGGUAUCCACUGUCUUGCCUGCCACAGCCCCUGCUUCCCAGCUUAGCUGCCCUCCUGGAUCCGCCCCAAGGCUGUUCAGAGGGUCUCCAGUCCCAGCCCAGCCCAGCCCCCACCUCCACAACCCCUCCGUAUGGGCCCUCACCACCAGCCAUACACAGCCUGCCUCAGCCACCCUCACAGAUGACCUCAGAGUGGAAAAGUCACACACAUACACACACGCAGUCACAGUCCUAUCCCCUAGACACACACAAACCCCAAGAUACAAAGAACUUGCCUUGGUAUACUCAAAUGUCCUCAAUGCUGUGUAGUCACAUAAACAGUCACAUUCAAGCACAAUCCUGUCAACUCACGUGCCCAAAAGCACGAAGCCGCAGCCAGCCUCUGGGCCCACGGAUGCAAGGUCAAGCAGAGGUUUGCCCAGGCCCCCGCACAGCAGCAGCAUCAGUACCCUCGGGAUCACAGGUCACAAAAAGCCACAAAUACACUUAACUGGGCACACAUGGUCUCAUGCAGCUCCCAACACGUACUUAGUCACAGACACACCCUGUUAGGACUCACCUGUGUAUCUCACACACGUGCACACUCACAGCUCCCCAGAGUGUCUCCUGAGUCCAGUGAGGACACACACUGACUCACCAGAAGGUACUGGGUGUCUCACUUGCCAGCCACCCCACUCCCUCCCCUGAGCCCUGAUCCAUGCCUCAGCUAGACUGCAGAAAAGCCCCUCCUUUAUUUGAGAUCCAAGGCCCCCAGCCCCCAGUUCCCUCCCCAAUAAACUGCAGUCAUUUCUACAUGCUGGGCUAUCACCCCAGAUUGGGCUUGGGGUCCAGUGGGGAGGCAUCUGGGUCUAAGGCCUCAAUGGGAGGAACUGGAUGG